GUGGAUGCUGCCUACAUGAAUAAGGUUGACCUGCAAGCCAAGGUAGAUGGUCUUACAGAUGAGAUCAAUUUCCUGAAAGUCUUCUAUGAUGCAGAACUGUCUCAAAUGCAAACACACAUCUCAGACACAUCUGUGGUCCUGUCCAUGGACAACAACCGCAAUCUGGACCUGGACAGCAUCAUUGCCGAAGUCAAGGCUCAAUAUGAGGAGAUAGCUCAGAGAAGCCGGGCUGAGGCCGAGUCCUGGUACCAGACCAAGUAUGAGGAGCUUCAGGUCAUGGCAGGCAGACAUGGGGAUGACCUGCGCAGCACCAAGCAGGAAAUUUCUGAGAUCAACCGCAUGAUCCAGAGGCUGAGGUCUGAGAUCGACCACGUCAAGAAGCAGUGUGCCAACUUGCAGGCUGCUAUUGCUGAUGCUGAGCAGCGUGGGGAGAUGGCCCUCAAGGAUGCCCAGAACAAGCUAACAGAGCUGGAAGAUGCCCUGCAGAAGGCCAAGCAGGACAUGGCCCGGAUGCUGAAGGAGUAUCAGGAGCUAAUGAACACCAAGCUGGCCCUGGAUGUGGAGAUCGCUACCUACAGGAAGCUGUUGGAAGGCGAGGAGUGCAGGUUGAAUGGGGAAGGUGUUGGACAAGUAAACAUCUCUGUGGUGCAGUCCACCGUCUCCAGUGGCUAUGGCAGCUCCAGUGGUGUCAGUGGUGGCUUAGGCCUGGGUGGAGGCAGCAGCUACUCCUAUGGCGGUGGUCACAGCCUUGGAGGUGGCUUCAGUUCUGGCAGUGGCAGAGGCAUUGGAGGUGGCCUCAGCUCCUCUGGCGGCAGCAGUUCCACCAUCAAAUACACCACCACCUCAUCCUCCAGCAGGAAGAGCUACAACCACUGA